AUGAAUUCAUCUAAAAAUUUAUUUCAACAAUGCCUGAAUGAAGAUCGAAUUGGGUUUUAUAAAUAUUCUGAUUUCAAGGAUAUUAAGCUAAUUGGAGAAGGAGGAUAUGGAAAAGUGUAUCGUGCUACUCUUAAAAUUAAUGAAAUUACUGUCGCAUUAAAAUCAUUUAAAAAUAAUGUGGCUAUUAAAGAAGUUGUUAAUGAGCUUAAAUUGCAUAAUAGAGUGGACAUGCAUUCUAAUAUUAUACGCCUACAUGGUGCUACUAAAAAUGAAG